GUCAUCUCACAUCACACGUCUUCUCUCGCUCGCUUCUCAAAAUAAAUUCACAAUUUUUCGAAAGUUAAUUUUUAAAAACUUUUAAAUUAUGAAAGUGGUAGAGUCUAACGACAUCGAAAUGGCGGAUGCCACCGAUGGAAAGACGGUGGAGCCGGAAGUGAAAAAAGAUCCUGACUUGCUGACAAUUGAAGACAUCCGGGAGCAGGUAAAACAGUUGGAGAAAGCUGUGUACGGGAAGGACUUUCGAUUUACGCUCCGAACGCUGCGUUGUCUUCCAAAUACGAGGAGGAAAUUGAACUCGAACGUUUUACGGAGGAUUAUUGUUGGGUAUUACACCCACUCAGCGGAUAAGAGGGACUCCCUUUGUGCCUAUUUGGCUGAGCCAAUGGACACGGAUGCUGCACCGUCUCCACGAACAUUGCGGUCAGGACGGUCCACCAAUACUCCGCUGAUUCCGGAAAUUGAUGCGUAUCUACACCUCUUGGUCCUCCUGUAUCUACUGGACAACACGAAAACGGUGGAUGCCGUCAAAUGCGCUGAGCAUCUCAUGCAAAAGCUAAAAAACCACAAUCGUCGGUCUCUGGAUUUGAUCGCUGCCCGGUGUUACUUUUACUACUCUCGAGCAUAUGAAUUAGACAGCAAGUUUGAUCAAAUUCGGCCUUUCUUGCACGCAAAGCUUCGGACUGCAACUUUGAGGAACGAUUAUGAAGGACAGGCUGUUCUCAUAAAUUGUCUGUUACGGAAUUACCUGCACUACAAUUUGUAUGAUCAGGCGGAUAAGCUCGUGUCCAAGAGUACAUACCCAGAGACCAUGGCCAGCAACAAUGAACUUGCUCGCUAUCUAUAUUACCUGGGACGAAUUAAGGCAGUCCAGUUGGAUUACUCGAAUGCUCAAAAACAUUUAAUGCAAGCACUGCGGAAAGCACCACAACAUUCAGCAGUCGGCUUUAAGCAGACUGUUCAAAAGUUGUUGGUUACAGUUGAAUUACUUCUCGGAGAUAUUCCAGAGCGGUCAAUUUUCCAUCAGGCACACUUGAAGCGCUCGUUGGCUCCAUAUUUUCAAUUGACGCAAGCUGUACGUCUCGGAAAUCUCAGCAUGUUUAUAAAAGUCCUUGAAGAGUAUCAAAAGCAGUUUCAAGAAGACAGAACUUUCAUUUUAAUCCAACGUCUGAGACACAAUGUAAUCAAAACCGGUCUCCGGGCUAUCAGCACCAGCUACUCUAGAAUUAGCCUGGCUGAUAUUUCCCAAAAAUUGGUUCUUGAUGCGCCAGAAGAUGCGGCCAUAAAAGCACCAGGGGAGGAUGCAGAAUUUAUUGUCGCAAAGGCAAUCCGGGACAGCGUAAUUGAAGCUGGAAUUGACCACGAGGGCGGAUUCAUGGCUUCUAAAGAACGAACCGACGUGUACUGCACGCAAGAACCCCAGCUCGCUUUCCACCAGAGGAUCACGUUCUGCUUGAACAUUCACAACCAAAGUGUCAAAGCGAUGCGCUAUCCGCCCAAGAGCUACAACAAGGAUUUAGAGUCUGCAGAAGAACGGAGAGAACGAGAACAGCAGGAUCUGGAACUUGCUAAAGAAAUGGCAGAAGAUGAUGACGACUUCGUUUAAAUCAACACUUAAGAACCCGAUUAUUUAAUUACAUAUAGUUCAUAAAAAUAAUUUUUAGCAUCAUAAUAUGCAAAAAUUUGCAGUUUUUGUAAGAACAACUCUACCAUAAAUAGAGACUCAAAAUUGUCAUAAGUAUGUACGAAUAUUAUUACGGGCUACGGUGGAUAUAAUACUGUAAUUUGAAACUCUUGUAAAGGUUGGAAAUUAAUAAAAUAUCUUUUUAAAAUGA